AUGCUUGUGGAAGAUACGCAGAUGACCCGCUCUCUGAUGACGAAGAAAUAUGCGCACUGUCCGCUGAAGAAGCGGCCGGUGCGGGAGGAGCGGCCGGCGACACCGCCCACUACACCACCGCACCCCGCCCACUUGGCUACGCGACUUUACCACGACUAUCAUUAUGAUACUGAAAAUGAUGAACCGGAAAAUCUAAGUACGAAACCAGAAGACCUUUCGAAAACCGGCAACUAUCCUAGUAAAGCGUCUUCGCCACUAUCUGCGGUUACAGUAAAAGUGGAAGCCCGAGAGUGGCAACAACACCAGCUGGACUAUUUGUCGGCUUGUCGUUCUCGCCUCGAGCCUACGCCGCCAUCUACUGAACUCGCUCGUCCCACACCACAGUACGCAUACCUGCCGACUCUCUACACAUACCCUCUGGAAGAGCUCUAUCCAGCAGCUCCUACACUAUCACCGCCAGCACAUCCUCCUCUUUAUUCCCAUUAUUCACCUGCUUCCCCACCUUCAUCUUGUUCACCACCACCUUGUCCUGAAGACCUUCGUUCCCCGGGCUCAGUUUCCUCAGACUCGGGUGUAUCUGUUUCUGCACCACGUCGGCCGCGCUACCAAUGCCCCGACUGUGCUAAGUCCUAUUCAACUUAUUCCGGUUUAUCGAAGCACCAGCAGUACCACUGCGCUGCUGCUGAGGGUAGCCUCGCGCGGAAAUCUUUCAGCUGCAAGUACUGCGCUAAAGUGUACACCUCCCUUGGAGCACUGAAGAUGCAUAUUCGCACUCACACUCUUCCGUGCAAGUGUCAUUUAUGUGGAAAAGCCUUUUCGCGCCCAUGGUUGCUACAAGGACACAUUCGCACACAUACAGGAGAAAAGCCUUUCUCUUGCCAUCACUGUCGUCGCGCUUUCGCUGACAGGUCCAACUUGCGAGCGCACUUACAAACGCACUCUGACGUUAAAAAAUACUCGUGCACCGGAUGUGGCAAGACAUUCUCUCGUAUGUCUCUGCUAAGCAAGCACCUGGAAGGUGGAUGUGGAGCUCCCGGUAGUUCUCCUUAUGAAUACCGGCCUGAAGCACUACCGACUACUCACGCGCACCAAAACCUGCCACCACCUGCUACAGUUCAUGCUUACUAA